AUGCAGAAUUACACGUCGAAGACAAUGUUCAUCAAGGCUUAUCGCUACUUCAAAUCCGUCGGUUUCCCUCCACUACCGAAGAGUUUCUGGACGAAUUCGGUUUUCCAAAGAGUUUGGUCAAAAGAUAUGCUUUGUGAGCCGGCUGCUGCUUUUGAUAUGAGAGAUGGAGAAGAUUUCAGAGUGAAAGCCUGUUCCCAAAUCGGUGAACCCGAUUUCAAAUUGGCUCAUUCGCUUCUCGCUCAAGUUUACUACCAAUUUUUGUACAGGAAACAGCCACUGGCAUUCAGAGAAUCCGCUUCUCCUGCAAUCAACGAGGCGAUCGCUAAUGUUUUCCUUCAUUUAGCCUCGAAUCCAAAUUAUCUUUACAGUCAGAAACUCGUCAGCGCCGAGUCUCUUCAAGUCAAAGAAUCAACGAUUAUCAAUCGAUUGUACAGAGAAGCUUUGGACAAUGUGGCGAAAAUCCCGUUCGCAUUAACAGCCGAUACGUGGAGAUACGAGAUUUUAGAGGGAAACACGAGUGAUCAUCAAUGGAAUGAAAAAUGGUGGAAAUUGAGAGAAACUCUUGAAGGCGUCCGGCCACCAGAAGACAAAUUCCUCCCAGCACAUAUCGAUGCUUUCAUUCACACGCAAAUCAGUCAGGUUCACUCGCCGGCUGUUCGAAAUCUAAUCGGCUAUGUGGCUCAAUUCCAAAUCUUGAAAUCACUUUGUCCACCUGAGACUGAAUUGGCUGAGGGCUGUAUUCUCUCAGAGGACACGACAAUGAGAUUAAGAGAAAUGAUGGAAAUGGGAUCGUCGAUUGAUUGGUUGAAAGCACUCGAGAUGUUGACGGGCAAAGCCGAACUUGACGCGACUCCUCUCCUCGAAUACUACAAACCGUUGAUUGGAUGGUUGGAGAAUGCGAAUGAAAUCAGUCAAGUUUAUAUUGGAUGGGACGGAGAAGGGACGAGAUUUAAUAAUGACGAGAUCCCAGAGAUGAUGUCUAAUGGGAAAAUCUCUUCCGGCAUUUUGAGUCAAGAUCGAGUCGCUUUCCCAGGCGGUGAUUGCACAAAUGGAGAGGAGUGUCUUCUUGAUUCGCAUUGUGAUGGAAAGGAAUGUAUCUGCAAUGAUGGCCUUUUCACGUUAAAAUUCGAUAACACUGUGUCUUGUGUGGCGACCGAUCCAAGGAAAAGUGGUUUUAUGGAUGAAAAUGGAGAGCCAAUUGGCGUCGGUUUGGUCCCAUCCGAGACGACGACCGCCGAACCGCCAAAACAAAAUCUCACCACAACAACUGUGACGACAAAAAUGAUGACAACGGUAAGAGAAAGA